UUAUGUGCGUCUUCUCCCGGGACACGUUUCUCUGUGGCAUAUUUCGGAGAUGCAUCAUCUCCCAGUUUCAAAACCAGCGUUGUGAGUCAUCCACCUCUGUACUUAUAAACCACCACGACAGGGCAGUGAGAGCUCACAGCUGUGCACAAGUCAAGGGGCCCAGCUCAGAAAACACAGCUUGAACCUUACAAGCAGCGCGAACAGUCACAGUUUAAUACAUUUACUUACUGACAGAACCGUUUUGGGCUUUCUUGAAGAUGGGUUGCUUGUUUCAGGUUGUUGUCAUUUCGGCCGUUAUUCUCUCCACGACGUCAUUGACAGUGAUGGAAAGACGGGAUCAGUUUGUGGAAGCCACGAAAUAUCUGAAAAGGUAUGGCUACUUGAGCACUCCCUUGGACCUGCAUGCAGCGAAUGACCUGAGUUCAGAAACGGUUAAGGAAGCCCUCAGAAUCUUCCAGAGGGUGUCAAGCCUGCCGGUCACAGGAAAGGUUGACAGAGCCACCAUUGAGAAGAUGAGAGGACCUCGCUGUGGUGUUGAAGAUCCUUUCAAUCCGAAGGCCAUGAAAUACAGACGCUUUGGUGGAGCCUGGCGUAAAAGGAACCUGACGUACCGUAUCUUCAACUACACACCUGACCUGGGCAAAGAGGGAACCCAGAGGGCCAUCCGCUCUGCUUUUAAGUACUGGAGUGAUGUAGUCCCGCUCAGCUUCAAGGAGGUGUCGUACGGCCGCGCCGACCUCAGGAUCUCCUUCCACGACGGAGGGAAAAGCCUUUGCUCCUUACCCUUCGACGGGCCGGGUCGCGUCCUUGCUCAUGCUGAAGCCCCACCCUCAGGUAUCAUACACUUUGAUCUGGAUGAGGAUUGGACGGAGGGCAAGUACUCAGGCACCAACCUGCGAAUUGUAGCUGCUCAUGAGAUUGGCCACGCCCUGGGUUUGGGGCAUUCCCAGUUUACCAGCGCGCUGAUGGCUCCUCACUACAGAGGCUACUCCUCCUACUUCAGACUGCAUUACGAUGACAUCAGAGGCAUACAGGCCAUCUAUGGUAAACGAGAUACGGAGGACUCCAACUCUGUUGACAUUUCACCAUCUACACCUGCCCCUACCCCCACAUUGUCUGAAGCACCAGACCCUUGCAGUGCCAAACUAGAUGCUAUCAUGCUGGGUCCCUGGAGGAAGACCUUUGCCUUCAGUGGAGACUACUUCUGGACAGUGGGUGAUGCUGGGUACAAUGAACCAAUCAGGAUCAACCUGCUGUGGAAGGGCCUGCCUGGGAACAUCAAUGCAGCUGUUCACUCUCAGAGGACCAACAAGACCUUCUUCCUCAAAGGAAGCAAAGUAUGGAGGUACACAGGCCUACGUCUGGACUAUGGAUACCCCAAGGCACUGACAAAGCUCUCGCCCAACAUUGAUGCCGCUCUGUAUUUGGAGAAAAACAAGAAGAUCAUCUUCAUUAAGGGCUCAGUUUACUGGCAGUGGGAUGAGAUUUCCUACACAAACAUGAGCAUCUACCCCAAGCCUAUAUCCAAUCUUUUCACUGGUGUGCCAAGCAACCCUGAUGCAGCUUUCACCUGGAGAAAUGGCAAGAUUUUCUUCUUCAAGGGUAACAAGUACUGGCGCCUGAACCAUCAACUCAAGGUUGACAGCGGCUACCCACUCAGCAUCCAAGAGCGGUGGAUGCAGUGCAACUAUUAAUCCACUAGUGGGCGUCAGAGACCAUUUUCAGCAGCUGGAGUUGCCAGCUGAUUGUGGAGACUACAGUUCCCAUAGUUCAUAGCGUUGACAAGGAGAGACCUGUUGGCUUGAGAGCAGAGGUUAAAUUGGUGUUUCAGUGGUUAGGACACUUCCUAUCACUGAAGGUGGUUUUCACUGUGAUUCUUUUUUAAGUCAGUCUUCUCCUUUUUGAAGUUACAGAUCAGUUCUCUUUUUCACUUUUUGCAAGACCCGUAUAUAAGGGCUGGGAAGUGUUGGCAAUUGUUGGGGUAAUUCAAAAUCAGACCUUAAUAUAAGCGAUCACAAUUCAGAUUCAGAAAUAAGAUUUUAUUAUAUUUUGAUUCCAGUGAUACAACCAGCUUCAUUGUAAAUGUGUUUUUCUGUGGUGAAACUGAUGGAGCUUAUGCUAACGACAUGUUCUGAUUUUGAGAGUGUCCUAAGAUUGACUUUUUUCAUAAUGACAAAGACUAGAUGGCGUUGUACAAAUAUUUUAUAAUGUAAUUCCAUACAAGCAGGACUUGUUAAUGCCAAGAAUCUAGAACCUUCCUCUUUCCUAUUGUAGCAUCUGUGUGUGUGUGUGUGCGUGUGUGUGCUUGCUUGCUCUUGAGCAGUGUUUUUUUUUCAUUAAGGGCUGUUAUGUUUUGACCAUCACAGGCCUUGUUCUUCCAGAAUACUCCUUGCAAUGGUUUGCUGUUGUCUGAUGACUCAUUACUUUCUAACUCUCCUGAAGUCCUGCUUUGGGUGUCUGCUUCUGGGACAUAUUGAGAGCUCAUGUCACCAUGUAGGAAACCUAAGGGAAAUAUCUUUUAAAUCAUCUCCUUGCUACAAAAUGAAAAAGUCCAAAACAGUCCAAACACUUCAAUUUGUUUGCGCUCUCUCUCUAUGGUCUUAUUUGACGUGUAUUGAAACCUAAAUGUUUGUGAAAAGGGAGUUAUGAGGUGCUGCAGUGCUACCAUAGAGCCAGCUGUAUGCCUGCUAUGUCUGUAGCCGCUUCAUGGAGUUAUUUGGCUAACUAUAUAGCUAGUUAUUUCAGGACAAAAAAGUUCAGCCCAUGUACAGGAUGAGUUAAGGAGUCUGAUAACAUAAGUUCAUAUAUACUGGUAAAUACAGGGUUAACGCAUUCAUUUGAUCCCUGUUCUGGGACUACGAUUGCGGCAAGUAGUCAAAUAAUUCAUGAAAUAUUAUUUGAUAAAGCUCCAGUAAUUCAAUGAUGAGUCAUAUUCCAGUACUUGCCUUCUCACAGACAAGAGCCAUUACAAUGUGAAAGGGGUAUUCUCUUCAGGAAGCUUCACUGUCUACUUUAUUUUUAAAAUCAGCUUCAUGAGCUUUAUUGUUUUGCUUAUUGAUCUUGAGUUGCCAUUUUGCUGUACAAGUUUGUUAGUAUUUUAGGAUUCAAGGGACUCAAGAGUACACUUUGAGAGCACUGUUAUCAAUCAAAGGUUAUUCAUUUCUGUACGUGUAAUCUGUUUUGUGUUGCCAAUAUGCCUGUAAGUGAAAAACAAUCUAUUUCAAAAUGUACCUCAAUAAAUUUUACAACCACAUCUGGUCCUGAGACAA